UUAUAUCUAAGGAAUAAUCACAAUACGCUGUUCAAAUGACCAAAUGAAAUGGGUCGCAAAGAAACACAUUAUUUGCAGACUUUAAACUGUGAUUCAAUGGCCCAGCAAAACAUGAAAAUGCGCCCAGUACUAUUGAAAAGGAACAGUCUGGAUUCAGCUGAUUUUAUGAGGCAGCCACACCACCGCAGAAGCAAAUCUCAGCAAGUGAGAUUCAAGGACGAUGGUAUGAACACAAAGACAACGGGUGUCGCUGAAACGGAUACUCCUCCUGCCCAAGAUACAGCAUUACUGACCGGAAACACACAAAUAAAUAGGCAAAGUUUUUUGCCAAAUCAAUCUCCAUCUUUCUCAAGGGCUCAAAAGGACCUUCAGAAUAUUGCCAUACAAACAUCUCCAAGCCUCAGGAAACACUUCCCAGUUUUUAAAAAGAAAAAGCUGACAGCAAGCAAAUCGCUAACAGAAAUGACAACUGAACCUGCAAAUUCCAGCCAAGUAAAUGGCAAUCUUUCUGAACAAGACAUGAUGCCUUCAGACAUCUCUUACAUAAGAAUAACUAAUAAUGUGGAAGAUGGAUUUAGGAAAAGUGAGGUGGACAGUCAGUUACAUCAAAAACCAACAACAAAAUCACAAUGCAACGGACCUAUCCACUCAGACUCUGAUGACUUCUCAGUACCAGAAAAGACAACUAUUUCUGUACAGGUGCCUGAAUACAUACAUCUGAGUUUUCCACAGGACAGUAAUGCUUCCAUGGAUGCCCUAGACAAGACCAUGGAUUUAAGUAACUCACUGCAUUCUUCUACUGUCAUAAAUCAAUCCAGUGAAAACAACACACUGUCAUCUAAUUCUGAAAAAUCACAUCCUUGCUUAAACAAUUCCACCCACUGCAGUGAAUGCAAUCCACGUUCUGACUCCUGUGAAGCAGACUGUGAGCUGCCUGUAGCCAAAGACACAAGUAGUAAGGAAAGUGCUCCUUUGUCACCUCCAUCAAAUCACAGUGUAUCCCCUUGCUUCCUCAGAGACUAUCAGCAGCCUGGAGAGCAUGAAACAGACUCCAGCUGUGUGACACUAACAAAUGAUGAUCAUGCAACAAUGUCACUGACCAGCAGCAAUGCAUCAAAAUCCAUUCCUUCAUGUCACACUGAGAUCGAGAAAAGUUCCACCCAGUCAUGUGUUUCAGACUAUAACAACUGCAUAGAAGGAUUUCACAUAAAGUCUUAUCUGCCAAGGAAUGAAAUAAAACAACCACAAACGAACAAAGAGAUAAGAGAAAUGAAUCAAAUUCAUCUGGCACAUGGAGAACUAUGUGCCCUACAAGGCAGGCUGCAGUCUGUAGAGGAAUCCUUGCAAUCAAACCAGGAGAAGAUUAAAGUCCUUUUGAACGUAAUUCAAGAUCUGGAAAAAGCCAGAGCCCUCAGUGAAGGGCGCAACUUCUACCACACCGGUCAAGACCUCAACAACUGCAGCACCUGUCAGAACACUGCAUGUAUCAUUUACAGUGUAGAACAUGACUUCAGACAACAAGAAGGAAGAUUUCAUCAGAUUUUGAAAAGGCUGGAUCAUGCGGAGCAAAGUCCAGCUACAGCUUCUCCUCAAAAGCUACCAUCUGAUCCUCCAGUUCCCGAGAAAAAGGAAUUAAGAAGGAAAACAAAAAAGGUGAAAAAGAAAUGCUUCUGGUGGAUUUGACUGCCUGAUGGAUCAUAUAUGGAAACACAGAGUUUUUACAUUUCAAAAGACACUAGAAUACAUAUGAAGAGGUUUGAGCGCACACACCUGCAAACUGUGCUAUAAUGAGAUCACAACUAGAAAGCUAAAAAAGUUUAAGAGUAUCUGAAAAAUCAGAAGAAUUGAAUUUACUUAAUGAAUCAUCUCACUGAAUAAAUACACAUGAAGAGACUAUUUUCCACAAAGAACUGUAAUUUUUUUCUCAUUUUUCUCCAAGGACACUUUCAUAUGCUUUGUAAAGACAACUUUUUUUCAACCUCCCCAAAAUAACAGCAAUUAAAUCUCUACUUUAAAAAGCAAGUGUACACAAAGCUAAGAACAUCACUCAGUCUUCAUUUCCUACUUACAAGCAACAUGGACUGAAAAAUAAAAGAACAUGCAUUGAUCAGCACACAAAUCACAUAACCAAGUACAACUUCAGGGUGAUAUGUUGCUCAAAAAACCCCCAAAAAAACUUCCCAAAGGAGACAAUCAGAAAUAUUCCACAUCCUCAGUGAAAUAUUUUUGUUGCUGUCAUCCAAUACUUAACCAAAAAAAGAAUUUCAGAUUAAAUGUUACUCCUCCCUUUCAUUGGUUCAAUUUAAAAAGCAAUCAUUUCCAAGUUUCAGUCACCUAAUAGACUUCCGUAGAAAGAAUCUUAGAAUCAUCAAACACCCUUCUCAAAGCAGCUCCAAUUAGAUAAGACUGCUCAGGGCCUUGUCCGGUUGAGGUUUGUGUAUAUCCAAAGACCAUAGAAACCUUCUGGGAAACCUGUUCCAAAAUUUGACCACUUUUACAAUGAAAAAGUUUUUCCUAACAUCUAAUGUAAUUUCUGAUGUUCUAAUGUGUCCAUUGCAUCUUCUCCAAUCCCAAACCACCUUCAAGAGGUGGCUGGCUCUGUCUUUUCUCUAUCCUCCCAUUAGACAUUCAGUAAGACCUCUCCCCUAAGCCAGAACCACUUCCCUCAACCUGCUGGCUCCUGUCCUGUUAGACCACUUACCCAGUUUGUCCACCCUGUAUCACUAUGCAUUUAAAACCUAUAUCACUAUAUCAAAAUAUCCCAAAGCACAUUUUUUAGCCUUAGCUAAGGAAAUAGCCCCACACAGGUCCACAUUAGUUUUUAAAUGAACUUACCUGUAUUAUAUCAAAACAAACUAUAUAUGCUAAAACAAGCUCAUCAGGUGUCAGCGUAGCUUUUUUUUUUAAGCCUUCGAAAACUAGCUGAGGUACCAGCUAGUACUAGGUAUUUCAAUGUAACCUAAUUAAAGCUCAAAGCUGUUACUCCAUUCAUGACAAAGCGAUCACCAUUCAAAAGGGGGGAAAAAAACCAUUUUGUAAAACAAGUUUAAAAGGCACAGUGUAAAGGCCAAAAAGGUAUUUUAGGUUUAGUGGAACAUACUGCAGACCUGUUCUUAAAAGUGACUCUGGUUAAUGAGUUCAAAUGGUGCCAGCAUAUUCAACAGAUUAACCCCUAGAUCCUCAUUUUAAAGUCAUACUGUAUUAACUUUGUAACAUUAAUUUUAAAAUUGUGCAUUUUGUACACUUCUGCAUUCCUCCAAUUUGCAGGGUUAAUUAGAUACUCGGAAACACAUUAAAAGACAUAAUUUUGAACAGAUAUCAAGGAGGACUAACAGUGCAAGAAAACUGGUCUUCAUUUACAAGAGAAUUUGCUAUGUAACAUGCUUAACUUAUCAAUAUUCUGAAGGACUGAGUUUUAAAAAACACUGUAAGUACCUUCACUAUGGAAACCAUAGGCACAAAAUUCUCAUUAUUCUAGGGGCUUUUCAGAGGAAAAAAACCCAAAAAACCAAAAAAGUAUACCUUCAGUGAGCCACCAAAGCUCUUCAAUAACAACUCUAGGAUAUAUCAGAGGUCAGAAUUAAACCACUACAUCAGAUCAUGUCACUACAUCACAUUCAAAUACACGUACUGCUUAUGCUGGCAUGCCUAUGGCAUUCCUACCUAUUCUGCAUUAGUAUCUAUAAUUGAUACACUGAACAAUCUAUUAGUAUGUGUUUCUUUUCUAUUAAAGUAACUUUUUUAAAAUGAAUAUCCUCUGCAGUAAAAGUAAAAUAAUAAGCAAUACUGACAGGAGUCAUACUAGCAAAGCCAGUACUGUACUGUACUGAUUCUUCUGUACUGAUUCUCAACAAUUUUUUAUUAUAUGAAAGGAAUCUUUUCUUUUCCCUUUUUUAAUAAUAUGCAUUAAAAGUUUCAUUUUAAGCUGUCCUUUUUUAAAAAAAAACAUUGAAUACACCUUCAAAAUACUUUUGAGGGACCCAGAUUAAUCAAUUUAAACAAAUCUCAGUAUUUCGGUUUGUCACAUAGUAUCAAUAAAUUUCUGGGGUCAGUAAAACUACACAAGAACAGGAAUACUCUGUUUACUUUAAGAAAGUCCAUCUAAGAAUAGUUACGUAAAGCUCUUUCUUUUGAUCUGAAAAAACAUCAAUACUCCUGGAAAACACAUGCUGACCUAAAUGGUUACUGGUUUUAGAUUGUAAUGUCUGACCUUGACGGAAUUCAGAAGUAUAAACACUUUUUAAUCCUUACUUUCCCUGUCAAAACUUACCCUCUGUUUUCCAUGUUUCUCAAUUUUUGUUUUCCAAUUCUCUCUCAAACACAAAGGUAGGGAUUAUGCAUAUGUGGAUGUGAAAUUCUCUUUGUAACAUAUACACAUGCGCUAGUGAACACUUAAGUUAGCUAAGGCCAGCUGGCUCUCUGCUCCCAGUGCUGCAAUUGAGGAAGAACAUUCAUGUUUCUUUCAGCCUGUCCUCAGGGUGUCUCGUGUUUGCAAAUUCACUUCCUUCAAGACACAUGGUUUUGUUGAAAGAAAAUAUGAAAUCGGAGCUCCCUUCAAGCACUGUCUUUUGGCAGAUUGCUCCUAGGGUACUCCAGGACUUCAGUCAAAUAAAGGAAAUUCUUUCAAAAAAAGCUAGACGCUCAUCUCCUUUAUGUGAGGAUAACAUAAGAAACCAGCUGAGUGAAUGAGUCAGCAGUAGCCACCUAAACCAUGUCCUAGCAGUAGCAAAAGCCAGCCAACUUCUAAAACAUAUAUUUAACAUCCAAACAAAAGGCUUAUCUGGAACACAAACAGGAAUUCCACACUUCUCUGACUGCAAUAAGCAUUUAAAAAUGCAAUGCUUUCAUCUAACUUUCAACUAGAAGUAUGUCAGGCAUAUCCUGGUAACAUAAACCAAAUACAGAGAAAUAUAUACCUUCGUAACACGGCAUAAUUGGAGAAUCUAAACAAUGCGAAAAACAAUGUGUCAGGGUUGCCUUUUGUGUUAAUAUUGUUUUUUAAUGAUUUAAAAAUUAUUGUUAAUAAUUUUAAUAACUAAUAAUUCAAAUAGGAAAUAGAAAAAUUAAUGAUAUGAGAUAAACACAAUGCAGGUGUAUGAUGCCAGGAUUGGAAAAGCAAGAAAAAUAGAUUUAUUAUUAGAAAAUAACAGUACUGGUUAAGAAAAAUUUCUCUACUGUAAAAAAUUUAUGGUGUAAAGCCCCACAACAGCUUCCAGAGUUCACCGUUAUAAAUUCACACAAACACUCUCUUUAAAGAAACACGUAUUCUUGAUAGCACUUGUAUAUAUAAUAUAAUAUAAUAGGCUUCUCUAAAAAACAUAUAUUUAAAUGAGAACUACAAUAUGCUAUUUGUAAAAUACUGUACAGCACAUGGCACAUUCAAUUACUGCAUUUGAAAUUGCUGUUUUAUGGAAAGAGUCAAUCUAACUUUCUUUAAAAAUUCAAAAUGUAUGAAUAAAAUACUGAUUUCUCUCUAUCAUAUACCGUCAGUUGAUGCAGGGGUUUUCGUAGUUUCAUAAACUAUAGCUCUUUGAAAAAGCCGUCAUACUUGGUAAUUAUGCUAGCCUAAAUACAAAACAACUUCCUAAGGAAAUGUAUUAAUCAAAUGCGUGUUUUGUAAAUUUCUAGGUUCUUUAAAUGGGAUGUUAUCUUUUGCAAUAAAAUGAGAUAUUUUUCUUAGGUUUCAGGACUGAAUAAUAUUACCAAGGAGUGAAAGACUAUUCUUUGGGAAAGGAAAAAGAAUGAGUAAUGGCUCUUUUACAGAAUCAUAUUCCCUAGUGAUUGGAUUGCAAUCAAUUUGGA